CACUGCUCCUAUAAGGAGCUGUCCGGUUCCCUGGUUCUGAAUCUAGCCUAGCGCCGGAAUGAGGUACUUUUGGCUACUGGUGGAGCUGGGCGCCAAAAGCUGCCCUCGAGUUUGGAUUUGAACCUUUAAGAAAGGGAAUCCGGAGGAAGACGAGGCAGGCGAGGAAGGCAAGCACAGAAAAGGACAGUUGCCGGAACUGUAAACCUGUAUCGCCGCUCUCAGCUCCGAGGAAGCCCUGCUAAGGUUUCAGUGGAGCGCCCGAGGAGCAGGAUGGAGUGAAGGAGAAGUGGGUCUGCUCAAGAAGGCUGGGAAGGAUCAGGCAGUGCGGAGGAGAGAAAACGGAGAGAGAGAUAAAGGAAGGAAAAGAGAAAAAAAGCCAAGGUUUGUCGCUCCGAAUUUGGGAUUCCAUUGGAAGAGGUCGCUCACUCGGGGAAAUGGAUUCUGUACCAAGAUUAACCAGCGUUUUGGCUUUGGUGCUCUCUGGCUUGUGGCAUUUAGGAUUAACAGCAACAAAUUACAACUGUGAUGAUCCAUUGGCCUCUUUUCUUUCACCGAUGGCUUUCUCCAGCUCCUCAGAUCUCACUGGACAUACCAGCCCAGCUCAACUCAACUGGAGAAUGGGAACUGGUGGUUGGUCCCCAGCAUAUUCCAAUGACCAACAGUGGCUCCAGGUGGACCUGGCAAACAGAGUGGAGAUUACAGCGGUGGCCACGCAGGGAAGAUAUGGGAGCUCUGACUGGGUGACAAGCUAUCGCCUGAUGUUCAGCGACACAGGGCACAACUGGCAGCAGUACAAGCAAGAAGACAGCAUCUGGACAUUUGCAGGAAACAUGAACGCUGACAGUGUGGUUCACCACAAGCUGCUGCACUCUGUGAAAGCCCGCUUUGUUCGCUUUGUGCCCCUGGAGUGGAGUCCAAAUGGAAAGAUUGGCAUGAGAGUGGAGGUCUACGGAUGCUCCUACAAAUCGGAUGUUGCUGACUUUGAUGGCCGAAGCUCACUUUUGUACAGGUUCAAUCAGAAAACAAUGAGCACCCUCAAAGAUGUGAUCUCCCUAAAGUUCAAAAGCAUGCAAGGAGAUGGAGUUCUGUUCCAUGGAGAAGGACAACGUGGAGACCACAUCACCCUGGAGCUCCAGAAGGGCAGGCUAGCCCUCUACCUGAACCUGGAUGAAAGCAAAUCCCGGCUCAGUAGCACCGAGCCCUCAGCCAUGCUGGGUAGCCUCCUGGAUGACCAGCACUGGCACUCAGUUCUCCUGGAGCGUGUGGGCAAGCAGGCAAACUUCACUGUGGACACGAACACACAGCACUUCCGGACCAAGGGUGAGACCGAUGCCCUGGACCUUGAUUAUGAGCUCAGUUUUGGAGGAAUUCCAGUACCAAGCAAACCUGGGACCUUUUUAAAGAAAAACUUCCACGGCUGUAUUGAAAACCUUUACUACAAUGGAGUGAACAUAAUUGACUUGGCCAAAAGACGAAAGCAUCAGAUCUACUCUGUGGGCAAUGUCACUUUUUCCUGCUCAGAACCACAAACUGUACCCAUCACAUUUGUCAACUCCAGGAGCAGUUAUUUGCUGCUGCCAGGCACUCCUCAAAUUGAUGGCCUGUCAGUCAGUUUCCAGUUCCGAACAUGGAAUGAGGAUGGUCUGCUUCUGUCCACAGAGCUGGCUGAAGGAUCAGGGACUCUGCUGCUCAUCCUGGAGGGUGGGACUCUGAGGCUUCUGAUUAAGAAAAUGACAGGACAUGGAACUGAAAUCCUAACAGGCAGCAACUUGAAUGAUGGCCUAUGGCAUUCUGUCAGCAUCAAUGCCAGGAGAAACCGCAUUACUCUCACACUGGAUAAUGAUGCUGCUUCCCCGGGUCCGGACACCUCCCGGCUGCAGAUUUAUUCUGGAAAUAGUUACUACUUUGGAGGGUGCCCUGACAAUUUCACCGAUUCCCAAUGCUUAAAUCCCAUUAAUGCUUUCCAAGGCUGCAUGAGGCUCAUCUUUAUUGAUAACCAGCCCAAGGACCUCAUUUCAGUUCAGCAAGGUUCCCUGGGAAAAUGUAGUGAUUUACACAUUGAUCUGUGUAGCAUCAAAGACAGGUGUUUGCCAAACUACUGUGAACAUGGAGGACGCUGCACUCAAUCCUGGACUACCUUCUACUGCAACUGCAGUGACACUGGUUACACGGGAGCCACCUGUCAUGACUCCAUCUAUGAGCAAUCCUGUGAGGUGUACAGACACCAAGGGAACACAGCUGGGUUCUUCUAUGUCGACUCUGAUGGCAGUGGACCACUGGGACCACUUCAGGUGUACUGCAAUAUCACUGAAGACAAGAUUUGGACGACAGUUCAACACAACAACACAGAGCUGACUCGGGUACAGGGUUCCAACCCUGAGAAGCCCUAUGCCAUGACCUUAAACUAUGGUGGCAGUAUGGAGCAGCUGGAGGCUCUGAUUGAUGGCUCAGAGCACUGUGAACAGGAGGUGGCAUACCACUGCAGGAGAUCUCGCCUGCUUAACACACCAGAUGGAGCCCCAUUCAGCUGGUGGGUUGGGAGGGCCAAUGAAAGGCACCCUUACUGGGGAGGUUCUGUUCCUGGAGUCCAGCAGUGCGGAUGUGGCCUAGAGGAGAGCUGCCUGGACAUUCAACACUUUUGUACUUGUGACGCCGACACAGAUGAAUGGAAAAACGUUACUGGCGUUCUUUCCUUCAAAGAUCAUUUGCCUGUAACUCAGAUAAUUAUAACUGAUACCAACAGAUCAAACUCAGAAGCAGCUUGGAGAAUUGGCCCCUUACGUUGCUAUGGUGACCGACACUUCUGGAAUGCUGUCUCAUUUUCUACGGAAGCUUCUUACCUCCACUUCCCAACCUUCCACGCAGAAUUCAGCGCUGACAUUUCCUUCUUUUUUAAAACCACCGCUUUGUCUGGAGUUUUCCUAGAAAACCUUGGCAUUAAAGACUUCAUCCGACUUGAAAUGAGCUCUCCAUCUGAGGUGACAUUUGCCAUUGAUGUUGGGAAUGGUCCUGUUGAGCUCCUUGUCCAGUCUCCUUCUCUUCUGAAUGACAACCAAUGGCAUUACAUCCGGGCUGAGCGAAAUCUCAAGGAGACCUCACUGCAGGUGGACAACCUUCCAUGGAGUAUGAGGGAGACUGCAGAGGAAGGCCCCUUCCGACUUCAGCUAAAUAGCCAGUUGUUUGUAGGAGGUACAUCAUCAAGACAGAAAGGCUUUCUUGGAUGCAUCCGUUCUUUACACUUGAAUGGACAGAAAAUAGACCUGGAGGAGAGAGCAAAGGUCACGCCUGGAGUCAGACCUGGCUGUCCAGGUCACUGCAGCAGCUAUGGAAGCAACUGCCACCAUGGGGGCAAGUGUGUAGAGAAACACAGUGGCUACUCCUGUGACUGUACCAACACACCAUAUGAAGGACCUUUCUGCCAGAAAGAGAUUUCAGCUCUUUUUGAUUCUGGCACCUCUGUUACAUACAUGUUUCAAGAACCACACCCAGUGACCAAGAACACGAGCCUCUCAUCUUCAGCUAUCUACACAGAUACAGCUCCAUCCAAAGAAACUGUUACACUGAGCUUUGUGACAGCACAGGCCCCCAGCCUCUUGCUCUUCCUCAGUUUCUCUUCUCAGAAUUUUCUGGCUAUCCUGCUCUCCAAGAAUGGAAGUUUACAAGUUCGGUAUGGACUAAGCAAGGAAGAAAGUCAUGUGUUCACCAUCAGCACAGAGAAUUUGGCCAACAGAAGGGUUCAUCAGGUGAAGAUUAGCCGAGAGGGGCCAGAACUUUCCAUUCAGAUAGACCAGCAACUCUUCAGCUAUAAAUUCUCCCCAGGAGCCGAGUUCCGGACGGCGAGGUCACUCAUCCUAGGCAAAGUCACAGAGACUCUUGGGUUGGAUCCAGAAGUUGCUAGAGCAAACACCUUGGGUUUUGUUGGAUGCCUUUCUUCAGUCCAAUACAACCACAUAGCACCACUGAAGGCAGCUCUCCGCCAUGCCAGCAUUGCACCUGUGACUGUCCAAGGGACCUUGACAGAAUCCAGCUGUGGCUCCUUGAUGGACACUGAUGUGGAUGCAGUGACCACUGUGCAUUCUUCAUCAGAUCCCUUUGGGAAGGCAGAUGAGCAUGAACCACUCACAAAUGCAGUCCGAAGUGACUCAGCAGUCAUUGGAGGCGUCAUAGCAGUGGUGACUUUUAUUACAUUUUGUGUCAUCGGAAUCAUGACCCGCUUCCUCUAUCAGCAUAAGCAGUCACACCUUACCAACCAGAUGAAGGAGAAGGAAUACCCAGAGAACUUGGACAGUUCCUUCAGAAAUGAAAUUGACUUGCAAAACACAGCCAGCGAGUGCAAACGGGAAUACUUCAUCUGAGCUGCUGGAGGACACCUGGUCCUCUUUUCCUUAUUUUUUCACUAUUUUUUCUUCUCUUUUUGUCUUUUAAUUUAGAUGUUUGAUUUCUGUCAUUUGCCAUUAAUUUUCUGGAACACAUAUACACCCACUGAGAGCACUGAUCUCUCCAGCUCAGGAGAUCAGGUAGCUGUGGCUACUGUAGUUCACCGAUUUGUGUGUCAUUGUGACAGUCAGCACUGGAGGCACAGACUUCACUAUUGUAAGCAAGGAAGAGACACAUGUGCACGCACGCACAUUCCAUGUUUAUAGUCCAGUUUCUGAACUUCACUGCUCAGUUUCUCAGGCACUUGGUCUCACCAGCUUCCAUCAGACUUGAGCUCUGUGGUGUUUCCCUUUAACUAUUGUCCCUUCCCAAUACCAUACAGUUAGGUAUGGCUUGAGAGCAGAAGUGAGUUAUGUGUGUGUGACAGAGAAGACAGUCAUCCUUUAAGCGUUGGGAUUAUCAGGGCCCUAAUAGAGCAGGAAAGUAUAAAGGAAAGUAAAUCCACAGUUUUUUAGGUCCCCUGUGAAAGAAAGGAGGGAGGUUGGUAGAUAUUAUGCCCCAAAGAAAUAUUUCUAGAGCCAACAGAUUGUGUGAGUGUGUGUUUAAAGUGGCUAUUUGAGAAGUAUCCAGGACAGUCUUUCCUAAGGCACAGCUGAAAGAGUAAUGAGCCAAGUUCAUGUGUGACCUCUGACAAGGCCACAAUCAUUGUCCUGCCUGUAGCCUCUCUGUACCUAGGACUUAAAUAUCUGGAAAAAAUCUAACUCCAUGAGGAGGUGGGGAAACUUGGCUUCCUUGACAGUUGAGUUGAAAAAGGCUUCAGGUCUGCAUGGGACUGUAGCCCUUCUUAGCACCUGUGAGAACAAAGAGACUACAUGGAAGGCUACAAGAACACCCACAUUGUGGGCCCAUAGCAAAGGAGACUCUUCUGGACUGUUUGUUUAAGUGGCAUUUUCCAAGCAACCAGAGAGUAUUAUGUUAUUAUUUAUGUUAGUUUAUUAGUAUUUAUUAUUAUUUAUGUUAAUAUCCACACUAUAAGUAGCUCCCUGACUUCAUUCCAUAGAGUCUCAGUGCUUUCCAAUAUAGAACGGUUGAACAGUGAGCAGUUACUUUGCUCUUCUUUUGAUAUUUGGUUUUGAGGCAUGUAACCAAGAGUCUUCUAGAAACUCGUGAGGAAGUAGCUGCUCCUAUAACUUCACAACUGCUUACUCCACUAUACUAAACUAGACUACGUUAGCUAUUUUAUUCCUAAGAUUGCUGUACUGAAGAAAUUUACACAGGUGUGUAUUGUAACAGCAUAAACAGAAUUUGAAGUCUAAAUUGGCUCUAUGAAAAAGUUCAGCUGGUAGAGAAGCUGAAAAAAGAAAAAUAAGGAAAAGAGCCGCAUGAAAAAUGAGUAACAUCAAGCAGGUUUAUCCCUGUCCAUCCAAUCAAGAAAGAUCUGGUAAAGAAGGAAUGUGCAGGUUAGCAGGACUCACAUUCUAACACACACGAUGCGUUCACUUUGACGACUGAGCUGUUUCCCAAGAGACACGGGCCCAGCUGUUGUGUGUGGUCACCUCUAGCUCGGAGGAUUUCAGGGGAGCCCUUAGUUUGUGAACUACAUCACAUUUUCCGGUCUGUUCCUGCCCCAGUGUACACAAUGGUGCCUCCUGCACUUGACUUACAUGCCUAAAUAAGGUAGUAAAACAUCUCAGGCUUCUGGUAGCAGAUCAUACACGUUGCUCAAGGAGGCAUCUUGAAUUGUUGAUGGUGGAUACUCUUUUUAUGGUAACAAUAUUCCUAACUCUGUCCUUGAACCACCUUGGAGAAAAGACAAGGGAGAAACAAUCCAAACACUUCAGCCCUUAGGAAAUGCUAGAACUAAGAUCCUUUAAGGAAAAAGUACUGGACAGUUCCCUUUGCAGAGUGGACAUGAUUUGGAUAGCAGGUACUUGACAGUCAGUAGGCCAUCCAUCUUAUUAAAUAUCCUACCUCUGACUGUCCAGCACUGCCCUGGACAAGGAAGCUUCAUCCAGUUUCCAAUUUGUGGUUUUUCUUCCCUUGCAAAGCUACACAUGUCAGGAUUGAGUGUAGCAUAGUCCACAACUAUGCAAUAUUGCCCUAAAUGUAUGUUCUUUACUUAAAAUUUUCUAUGAAUUCUUACUUACUCUCUUCCUUUUUUAAAACAUUGUUAUCCUUUUGCUAAUGAAUUUAAAGUAAAUCUUUGAAAGAUGUCCCUUUUAAUUUUCUACCUAUAAUAAGAGAAAUGUUCACCUAGUAAAAUGAGAGUUGAGAGUCUAUUUCCCUCUGCCCUUUCUUUGCUGUUCUCCAGUUUCUACUUGAAUUUUCUAGAUCUAUAAAACAGUGUAUAAAUCACCUGUUGCUUGGCUGCAUAUUCCUUUGUCACCAGAAAUGAAAAUCAUGUUGAAGUUUAGCCAUAAGCCCCGCUAGCAGUGAAACAACAAAUAAAGGAAGUCUAAUCACACUGGAAUAUUUUCUUACUGGAGUCCACAGAUACAGCAACAUAUUUUGCUGACAUGAUGUUGAUAGAUAGAAAUGAGGUUACAAGCCAACUCAGUGUGUACAGUUUCCUCGCUCACUAAUUUGCACUAACUGAUAAUCAUGUAAGGAAAUGCAUUAAGCCAGUCUCUGCUCUCUGCACAGCACCCAUUCUACUAGCUUCAUCCCUAGGUUUGCAGGACCUGCAGUCCAGAACACAGGCCUUGUGGGUAAAGGCCAAGAUGGUGCACUCUUGUAUGUAGUCUCAGAACUAAUCAGAAUUUCCUCCCAAUGCCACAACGUAUACCAGGUGAAAAGCUAAUAAUUUGCACCCUCCAAAACUGAAUGAUGUUACAGCUAGAGGUAAGGACCAGUUUUAGCAGUGGUGGCAAAAUCUAUUUGGUUUAUGUAAUUAUUCGAUUGUGUUUUCCACCUACAAACAACUACAAAGCAAAACAGGACUCUAAUCCUCCUUUAGCCACCACUUCUUCCUAUGGUAUACAGGUUGCAUGAUGCCUGCAAUUAUUUAAUACUCAGGCAUUUUCACUUGCUGUUUACAUAAAGAAUUUGUGGAAUAUGGUCUCUUUACAGUAAGACCAAAAAUGUCUGUUCAAUAUCUCAUCCUAGGGGGCUGUUACAUUGAUAUUAUUACACAGAACAAAUCUAUUUAUGAAAGCAACUGUGUGUUUGCUUACCCAAAAAGAUUUUAUCACCAGCUGUAUUAUUCAGUCCAUACAUAGAGUAGAUUGCUGUGGUUUCUCUAAGGAUUAGCUAUAAAAAUAGAAAUUUGACAUUUUCUAGGUGUCUCUUUCUCAAAUUGAUUAUCUCAUAUUCAUUUAAAGAACUCUGGAACUAAUAUUUUACAGCUUUACUUUCUUUAGAAAUAAGAUAUGACAUUAUCUUAAUUCUCAACCCUUUUCACACCCCUUUUCUCAACAAUCACAACUACUAUAUCACAGUAGAAACAGGACCAGGAUUAAAUGAGUAUGUGGUUCUUUCUUAUAUUUAGUCAUAAGAUAUAUAUAUAUGAAAUAUCCAUGACUCCAAGCAUUCUGUUGGCACUGGAUAGACAAAUAUUUACUGUCAUUGUGGACUUUAAACUGCAUCCAUAUCAGCAGAUAUUACAGUAACAUAAGUGUACACACAGCACAAGGAGCAGAGAGCAAGGCCUGUGCAUAGUUAAUUUGCAAAUGAUUUCCAGAAGCUUCUAGAAGACAAAAAAAUUCUGGAUAAUUCUUAAAAUUUUGUAUCUUAUUUAUUAGUUCUAACAGAGAUCGUUACUUCAUUUCUCUUUCUCAAGCUAAGUAACUGCCCAUACAGAAAAAAAAAAAAAAAUCCGUAGAAGGUGGUAGAUGGACUCUUUAGAAAGAAGAAGAACAAAUGGGUCCUGUAUGAGCCACAAUUUCUUUAGACUGGGUUCACUAGUUAGCUUUGGCUAGUCUGGAACUAUAUUUAAAACAAGGCAGGUCUUGAACUCAGAACCUUCUGGAUCUGCCAUGGUGUAGACCAUUAUCUCUGUCUAUAUCAGAUACAUUUGAAAUGAUGUUAAAUUUUCUACGUUCUUUUGUCAGUUCUACUUAAGGCAUUCCAAAUGUAUUCCUGUACACAUGGUAGACCAAUGUAAAGACUGGAGGCAGGAAAGAACAGCCUCUACUUCUGGCCCCCUCUGUUUUGACUUCUUUGGUGGACAUUCCCUUAUGUCAUGGCUCUUCUAAAUCUCCCUUAAGUUGCUUGAUAGUCUGACUUUUUUUUUUUCACUCUCCCCACUCUGCCUUAAACAAUGAUUUGUCUAUAUUUAGGGAAGUCUCUGAGAACUAGAAAUUAUCAAUUGAUCAAAUGAUUUAUUGAUGUGUUGUCCAUUUAAAUGACAUUAUACCUAUGUAUCCUACAUGAAUAAUUCCAAUGCAGAAGGUCAUGUCUGCUCUCUCUCUCUCCCUACCAUAUCACUUCAAUUAAAAGAUUCCCACUAGGAAGGUGCAUUGGUAACAUUCCUCUGGUAUCCAUGCACAUGGGCAACAAUCUGUGGACCUAUUGCUUAGUUUGUUCAUUUACCAACUGCUUCACUUAUGUUGAAUUCUCUAGAGCUAUAAUACAUCAACCCCAUCACAACAGCAGUCCAGCAAGAGGCGCCCUGACACACUGAUAGUCUUCCCACUCAUUGUUCCUGAAGCCAUUGCUUGGGUAUGCUUGGUCCUCAACUGUCCUACAGGCCAAAUUUCAACUAAAUAAAUAAACAUGAGGUGUUAUACCUGCAAAUGGCAAAGGAGGUUGAUUGAAGGUUUGAACAGGCAAAUGCGAACAUAUUUCAUUUCUUCAAGGAUGACUGAGUGCUGGUUCAUGUCUCUCACACAGACUGGAAAUGCUUCCUUUAAAAGACUCACAGUAUAAAUCACUUCUGUACACCAGUUCUUGAGGCUUUCUCAACCUCUGUGUUGAUAAAUCUUUUUCAAAUAAUUUGUUUUGAAAAUGUUUGUUUUUCUUCUUUCUCAGCUGUGUGUUCACAAAUUCUAAAUAGUUGAUCUACCUAGAAAGAGAAAAUGUAUAACACACGCAUACUCAGAAAAAGAGAGAGAGAGAAGAGAAAGAGGAAAAGUUAAUAGGGUUGUUCUUCAAACAAUGUCAAGAAAACUAUAUCUAUACCUACUUUGUAGGAGAGAAAUAGCACCUUUGUGUUGGAAAUCUGUUAAAUGCCUAAGAAGACAAGGUUUUAGUGAUUGUUUUUGCUAUUUUUUAAGAGAUUUUUCCCCUACUUAUUUUUCAUUAAGGUACUCUGGGGAAAAGUAAGAAGUACAUUUUGUGGUGAAGUGGUGUACUUUGUAAGCUAGUCCUCUGUCAUUUGUAAUGUUUGUAGUCUACAAAGUAAUUAAAUGAACAUGAGAAAGGCUUAAGUAAUAGUGGGCUUUUGUAUCAGAACAGAAUUUAUGGGAUCUUCUCAAGUUGGAGAAGGGGCAAAUAAUGUCAUGGACAAAAUAAUAGCUGAGAGCCAAAGCUUCCACCAUGAAGUAAGGAUGGUUCCUCUUCCCAUUUCUCUGGAGUGUCUUUCAUCUGUUUGUCUUACACUCUAGGGAAGAGGCAAUAUUACAGAACCCACACGAGAAACAUUUCACUCAUCUUUGCAUGGCAAUUCCAUCCUACCCCAGUGAUUUUCAAGUUUUAUGUUUCAUUAAUAUAGUCCAGGAAUACUUUCGACUUAUCACCACUGUGGUUUUAUCUGUCCAGGGUAAGUACAUUAAUGGCAUCUUUAAGUAAAAUAACUAUUAUCAAGAUCAUCAGGUCCAUUGCCCACUGUCAAAUACUCCAUAGAUGGAAGACUAGAAAUAUUAGAGUCAGUCUAGUGGUCAUUCUUUCCCCUUCCUUACUCAUGCCAUCCAUUGGCAUACAUAAUGAUAGAAAGAUAGGUCAUUCUCCAUCUGCUACAGUGUGUACUUCAGAAAGCCACCACCUGAUACUCUGUGAACACUCCUCCUUUGAUGCUCCUCAGCACACAAGUUAGGCUUGCAUCAAAUAGCAGCUUAAAAUUAGGAGGCUAGUCCCAAGUUAUGACAAAGCUGAUGUAUGUCACUGGUUACAACCUGGUCAUAAUUUCAUUAGCAUUAUACUGUGCCAUGCUUCAGAUCCCAGCAGUAAAUCUGAGAGGACAUGAUAAAGGACACUGGGUAUGCAGAGCAUGCCUUCUGUCACCCUGGAAUCUCCUUGAAUGGCCUCUCCAGAUGGAGCAAUUUCAAUUGCAACCUUACAGGAUGAAAUGAAUGGGCCUCUGACUGGUUAUAUUUUCACAUUAUAGUCAGCCAUAUCACAAAAAACAUACAUGAAGUACUAGCAUAAUUCCUUCUCUUUAAAUGGCAGUACCAACCAGGGUAAACUUGUCCUGCCUUAAAUACACUUGGAAAAAAAAAAGUAAAUAACCACACAAAACGUAAAGUAGUAUAGUCAUUUCAUGAGAAGGACUUCAUAUUUGGUGAGGAUAAAUGCCAAUAAUUUUUCCUGUUUGUGGCAAAAGAAAACUUUCCAAUAGCCUAUGCUGUCCUUAAUAGACACUUUCUACUGCUAGCUAGCCUAUGGCAGGAAAUAGAACAUAGAGAAAUGAAGACACAGGACACAUUCUAAUUAUACCUUCUAAAAUAGGCAAUUAUUCACAUUUGGUUCAUGAAAUUCCUGAAUCCCUAAGGCAAAGAAUUAACAUAUUCUUUUCAGAUAAGAAGUUAGAGUCUUUCUGGCAUGAUCAAGAAUUUCUUUGGAAGAAUAAGAGGUCAGGGAGAUUAUGCUUAGAAAAAUAAAUAAAAAAAUAUAAAAGGGCCUUUCCCAAAUACACAUCAGGCUUUCUUUUGAUAGAAGCACAACAGAGGCAAAGCAGACCAUCUCCCUUGGGAUAAGCUGUAGACUUCUUGUUUCUUUGGAUGUUAUGUUUUCUGUCCUAUAUUAGAAUCCCUAAUCCCAUGUGAUGUUGCCUCCUCCCAAGGCUGUUUUAUAGAACAUAUAACAUGUAUUAAAGUUAAUGUUAGCUUUAUAUUUCUUUGUUUUCUAUGUUUUUUUGCUGUAAAAAAUAAAAAAAACUUACCUGUAAAUAUUGUAUAUUUAAUAAAGAGACAAUUUUGUAUUA